GCAGAGCGCUCGGCGGGACGGGAGGUGGCGGCGGCGCCGGUCCCGCCAUGAGCAGCAGCGCGGUCCCCGCGGCGCGGCUCUGCCGCCUGGAGCGGGGGCCGGACGGUUACGGCUUCCACCUGCACGGCGAGAAGGGCAAGCCGGGCCAGUUCAUCCGGCUGGUGGAGCCGGGCUCCCCGGCCGAGCGCUCGGGGCUGCGGGCCGGGGACCGGCUGCUGGAGGUGGAUGGCGAGAACGUGGAACGGGAGAGCCAUCAGCAGGUGGUGGACCGCAUCCGCGCCGCCGCCGGUGCCGUCAGUCUCCUCGUCGUGGACUCGGCGGCCGACGAGCAGCUGCAUAAGCGGGGUGGGGCGGCCGCCGAGCCCCCUGUGAGCGGCGAGGAGGCGCCCCCGGAGCCGGCGGAGCCCGCGGCGCGGGAGCCCAGCGGAGAGCAGCGGGAGGAGCUGCGGCCUCGGCUAUGCCACAUGAAGAAGGGCCCCAAUGGCUACGGCUUCAACCUGCACAGCGACAAGAACCGCCCGGGGCAGUACGUCCGUGCCGUGGACCCCAACUCGCCGGCUGAGGCGGCAGGGCUGGCCCCCCAGGACCGCAUCAUCGAGGUGAAUGGAGUGUGCGUGGAGGGCAAGCAGCACGCUGACGUGGUGGCAGCCAUCAAGGCGAGCGGUGACGAGACCAGGCUGCUGGUGGUUGAUGUCCUCACAGAUGAGUUCUUCAAGAAGUGCAAGGUGGUGCCCUCGGAGGAGCACCUCACAGGUCCCUUGCCAGAGCCAGUUGUCAAUGGCGAUGUAGGGAAGGAAAACGGCACGAAGCCACGGUCCAGCUCCGUGUCUGAGAGCCCGUCCAGCCCCGGGCCACUGGCCACAUCCCCCAACUCCAGCGACACCCACAGCAAGUCUGACACACAGGAGGGUGACAAGGACCAUUCAGCAUCCGGCUCCCUCCUGGACCUUGACAUCCCGCUGGCAGUGGCCAAGGAGCGGGCCCACCAGAAGCGCACCAGCAAGCGGGCUCCCCAGAUGGACUGGAGCAAGAAAAAUGAACUGUUCAGCAACCUGUGAAGGCCCCAGGGUGGGGGUGAGGGUCCUAUGGCCCCCCCCAGCCUCGCACCCACCUCUCCUGCACCUCCUCUCCCUGCCAUGGGGCUCCUGGUGGGGGUACAGGGCUGCUCCCCACUACCCUGGCUGGAGCGAUGGGGCUCAGUGGCCAGUGAGCAUCUCUGCAGCAGGGUCCUGAUGGAGGUUAUGGGGCAGAGGGUGCUGGGGGUGCCCCCUCCUGUGGGCCCAUCCCCGGGGUGCUCCUCCAGGCCUGCUCACCCUGGUAGGCACAAGUGGGGAUCUAGGGGGGGGGCGAUCAAGGAUUUGGGGUGACCUGAUACCCAACACUUCCUGCUGUUCCCUGGUUCUUCCCCCACCCCAAACCAACCCCAUUUCCACUUGAGCCCCCCACAUCGCCCUCUAACUGUGCAAAACCUGAGGCUUUUAGUGACUUUUAGCAUCCCCGACCUGCCCGGCCACUGACCACAGCGGUUCCCCUCUGGGAGGAGCCCCGUUUGACCCCUGCCUUGGUGAGCUCCGUCCAUGGUGUCUCUUUGUCCCUCUGGCUGCAGGGAGGGACACGGGUGCCCAGCAUGGUGGGGAGCCCCCAGCACCCUGCCCCUGGGGCUAUUUUGGGAGAGGAGAGGGUGUCCAGAACCAGCACAGCAAGCAAUAAUCACCUCCUUUGCUCCCGCUCACUCCUGGAGGCAGAGCUGAUCAGGGUUUGAAUCCAACACUGUGUAAUUUAAAGGCUUCUCAAUAGACUCUCUUUUUUUUUCCUCUCCAAAAUAAGAGUUUUCCAAUCACACUGUUUUUUGGGGGUUUGUUGGGGGUUUUUUUUUUUAAUGUAUUUUGUGGAAAUUCUUCCUGUGGAUGUUUUGUUUCCAUGUGUUGCGAUCGGGUGUUGUACUGUCAAGCUAAAGAGAAAUCCUGUUUACUGGAAUAAACCUUCCUGACUUCA